UUUAUAAUUAAUUAUUCCAGAAUCAAAAUAUAUUUCCAAUACUUUAUAUGGGCUACCCCAUGAUCCCUGUGAUCAAUUAUAAUCCUCUGCAACAUCAGCCGCAACAAUAUUGGCGACGUCAGCCACAGAACAAUGGGCGACGUCAGCCACAGAACAAUGGGCGACGUCAGCCAGUGGACGAAUGGCGACGUCAACCAAAGGACGCUCGGCGACGUCAGCCACAGAAUAAUCGGCGACGUCAGCCAGUGGACGAACGGCGACGUCAACCGCAGGACGAUCGGCGACGUCAGCCACAAAACAAUCGGCAACGCCAGCCAGUGGACGAACGGCGACGUCAACCGCAGGACGAUCGGUGACGUCAGCCACAAAACAAUCGGCAACGUCAGCCAGUGGACGAACGGCGACGUCGGCAGGAAGAAGAUCGUCAACGGCAAGAGGAAGAGGACCGCCAACGUCGUCAAGAAGAGAAUAAAGAAAAACAAAAGAAAAAGAAACAAUUUUUCCAAUUGCGGCGUAAGCUGAAGAUGGUACAAAAAGAAAAUCCCCAAUUAUCAAAGAAAAAUGUUUGAAACGAUCAUAAUAAUAUACAGA